UAAUAUCAUGAUAGGCCUAAAGCCAUUUUUGGAGAGACAUUGCGUGUGUGGUAAUGGUGAAAAGAGUGGUGGGCUGUUUCACGUAUGGUUUUACCUACAUCUCAGCGUGAUUUAGGAUAAUCUAUGGAGCCCGUCAAAAGCUAUUGGCUGUGCGUUGACAAUUACAGGCAGGCAGUCGUGUGUCGACUCGAGCAGCAUCAUACUCAAUCAGACCAUCGCCGUUAAAAGGGAUGGGGAGCUACACUCAAGCGUCAGUAGUGAGUUAAGGCGCAGGGAGAGGAAAAGAUAGAAGAUAGCCAUUCCACGGAAAGAGGUUUCGGGAAACAGACAAAACGAAAGCCAUAUUAUAUUCCCUGACUCCAGAAAUUAGCAUGCUUCUGUCAUCAGUGAGCCAUCGACGUUAUGCCAAAUGGAUUUCGCUUAGGGGCUGGACCAGAAGUACCUCGCAGUUCAACCUUCGCAAUAAAAUAGCCUUCGAGCAUUUUUAUUAAAAAAGUGACAGUUCCAUCCAGUCGACUAAACCGGUAGGCGCAAUUGAUAAACUAUGCACCGAAGAUGAUCUCCGCGAAGCAAAGUCAGGACAACAGUCGCUACCCUCUGCACUACUUGGUGUGGCACAACAAACACCGGCAGCUGCAGAAAGAGCUUUCCGCCGGCGAGCAGGUGGAUGUGGAGAGUGUGGACCCCCGGGGCCGCACCCCUCUGCACCUGGCCGUCACGCUGGGCCACCUGGAGUGCGCUCGGGUGCUGCUGCAGCACGGGGCCGACGUCUGCAAGGAGAACAGGAACGGCUGGACAGUUCUCCAGGAAGCCAUCAGUACGCGUGACCCUGAGAUCGUGCGUCUGGUGCUGUGCUACCGUGACUACCAGCGUACGGCCAAGAGGCUGGCCGGCAUCCCCCUGCUGCUGGAGCGCCUGCGCCAGGCUGAGGAUUUUUAUGUGGAAAUGAAAUGGGAGUUUACGAGCUGGGUUCCCCUGGUGUCGCGUAUCUGUCCGAGUGACACGUACCGGGUGUGGAAGAGUGGCCAGUGUCUGCGCGUGGACACCACCCUCAUGGGCUUCGAACAGAUGACAUGGCAGAGGGGCAACCGCAGCUUCAUAUUCCGCGGACAAGACUCCAGUGCGACGGUGAUGGAGGUGGACCACGACCGUCAGCUGGUGUUCUGCGAGACGCUGUGCGUGUCGUCGCUGGCGUCCCCGUCGUCGCGGCGUGCCAACGGGGCGCUGGGGCUGCUGGGAUUGGGCGCUCUGCAGCCCACCGAGGAGCAGGUGGCGGCGCGCCUCAAUGCCCCCGUGGUCACCACGCAGCUGGACACGCGCAACAUCUCUUUCGAGAGGAAUAAGACGGGCAUUCUAGGCUGGCAGCGCGAGAAGACAGAGACGGUCAACGGGUAUGAGGCAAAGGUGUACGCAGCAUCUAAUGUAGAGCUGAUCACGCGGACGCGAACAGAUCACCUCAGUGAACCACACAAAGCCAAGCCAAAAAGUGGCAAGACGCCUCUGCAGUCUUUUCUGGGGAUCGCUGAGCAGCACAUUGGCCCCAACCAGGGACCUCAGCAGCAGACGAUGGUGACCCAGAUGUGCUCGGUGACCAAUCCCACAGCUCUGACGGCAGAGGAGUACUUCAGCCCCAGCCUGGCGCUAGGACAGAGGGACAUCGGGCACCCCUGCCACCUCACCACCAAGACGCAGAGGUUCAAGGCGAAGCUGUGGCUGUGUGAGUCGCACCCGUUGUCCCUGGCGGAGCAGGUGGCCCCCAUCAUCGACCUGAUGGCCAUCUCCAACGCCCUCUUCGCCAAGCUGAGGGACUUCAUCACGCUACGCCUGCCGCCCGGCUUCCCCGUCAAGAUCGAGAUCCCCAUCUACCACAUCCUGAACGCGCGCAUCACCUUCGGGAACUUGAACGGCUGCGAGGAGGCUGCGGUGUCUGGCCGCGGCGAGGGAGAGGGCGAGGGAGAGGGAGAGACGGAGACGGAGACGGAGGCAGAGGGAGAGGUGGAUGGAGAGGUGGAGGGAGAUGGGGAGGGAGAUGGGGAGGGCCCGAAGGACGGCCUCAGGACGGAGACGCCCUCCCCAGGGAGCGACUCCUCCAGCGUCUCCAGCUCCAGCUCUAGCACCUCGUGUCGUGGAGGUGAGAUCUCUCCGUGCGUGUUUGAGGCCCCCCCGGGCUACACGGUGCUGGGGGGCACCCAGAGGCAGAGCGCCCGCGAGGAGGAGGACGAUCUGCUGCAGUUCGCCAUACAGCAGAGCCUGCUGGAGGCCGGAUCCGAAUACGACCAGGUGACCAUCUGGGAGGCGUUGACCAACAGCAAGCCUGGUACCCACUCCCUGUCCUGUGACCCCGGCCGCGUGGAAAGGAAGUCGCAGCCACCGCAUCAUCAGCCACCUCCUCAGGCUCCGCGCACCCCGCAGCGCUCCUCCUCGUCCCCGUGUGCGCAGGCCAGCCCCCGCUGCAGCCCGGCCUCCUGCAAGGCCUCCUCCCGCAGCUACGACGAGCAGCUGCGACUGGCCAUGGAGCUGUCAGCCCGCGAGCAGGAGGAGGCGCAGCGCCGCCGGCAGCAGGAGGACGAGGAGCUGCAGCGCAUCAUACGGCUGUCGCUCACCGAGAAGUGAAGA